GAACCUGGAGACGAUAUCUACACCUUUGAGGUUAUGCAGAUGUAUCAGGUGGCCCGGCAGAUCGCUAGAGGCAUGGAUCACAUCGCCCGGUCUCGUUACGUCCACGGAGACCUGGCCGCUCGGAACGUGCUGGUCGGAAAACGCCUGCAUGUGAAGAUUUCUGACUUCGGGCUGGCAGAAGACAUCUACAGCCGAGGUUACCGUCGGCAGGACCGGCUCCAGAGGGUUCCCUGGAAGUGGAUGGCGCCGGAGCGGCUGGAGGAUGGGAAAGCCUACAGCUCACAGAGCGAUGUGUGGUCCUUCGGGAUAGUGCUGUACGAGAUCUGCACGCUAGGGGGCGACCCUUACCCUGGCGUGGCAGUAUCCGAGCUGAAAGAGCGCCUACAGGCUGGAUUCAGGAUGGACCAACCUGAAGACUGUCCGCGAGCCAUGUACGAUCUGAUGCAGCAGUGUUGGCGCUGGCAGCCCAUCCAGCGGCCGCUCUUCAGCCAGCUGUAUCUAACACUGGACAAGCAUCUCGCCUUCUACGGACCCGAGUACUUACUUAAUUAAUCACCUUUGCUCCCGUUGGAGACCAAUGCACCAUCAAACUUCUUCCAGCCGUUCCAAUCUUGGCCCAGCCAUCUGUUCUCAUGCCAGGUCUUUUGGGUUGUCUUUAUUUCUUCUUCCACAGUCCUUCUCCAUGUGCCUAGAGGAGCUUUCCUUGGGAGUCCAUCUGAGGGGAACGUAUGAAUGCUUGUUCUUGCUCGUACGUAGAAUAUGCCCUAACCAUCACCAACAACGUUUGGGAUACCUUACAUCUGCUGACUACCUUGUUGUCUACUUUUUUCUCUCUCAAUGUCUCUUUCAGCUCCUUCGGACGCACCUGCUUCUCGAUCUUUUUGUUUGUCUUUUUCAAGGUUUAUGCGGCGCACGGAUUGACUAAAUGAACAUUUGAGUUGUAUAUCCUUCUUGAUUGGUACAUUUUGGUUUCCUUGAUUCUCGCUCCGUCUCAGCGUGUGUUGCGUAGCUACUUUUCUGCCUAAGCAAGCCGCGUUCGAAUUCCGCAUUCUAUUUUAAAUGUCCCCUCUGCGACGUAAGCAGUUUAAAUGGGUCUAUUCAGGACGAGGACACCACCAAUGUACAUAGGUAGCUUAAGUCAAGGUAUAUAUAAUAAGGCACAAUUUAUGCAAACUAAGGCGUUUUGCAAAUGGUGUAUGUUAACUAAGAAAGAAAUUCCAUAAUUCCGUUUUUUCAUCAUUGCAAAUUUAUAUACUUAUACUUAGCAAAACUUAAGUGAUUGGAAUGUCAUACUAACAAUACUAAUAAGAUAACCAAAUGUGAACUGUAUUAUGCUUACAUUAUGUAAAUGUAGACAUAAUUUGAAAAUAAGAAAGUGUUUAAAUAGUAUUCUGCCAAAGAAAAGAAAUUUUACAUUCAACUAUAUAUGUACUUCAUGACGAUUAAGCUAUAUAUACUGCACUAAUUAGCAACUUAUUUGCGUCAUUAUUGACAUAAAUAAAACAAAACAUUACAAAAAGAUAGACUACAAAAGUUUCAGAACUUCAAUCUAUUGUGACAAUAUCUUACCAGUUAAUUUUGUAUCAAUUGAUAGUCUUCUACACAAUUCCUUUAAAUUUGGUGGCGACCUAAAAAAUAUUUAAAAAUAAAGUAUACUUCACUUAUCGUAUCACUUCACUCCACAUCAAUAACGUUUGCAUCUUAAUCAGAGGUAUUUAACACUUUCUAUAGAUUAUAUAAAAUUGAUUAAGAUAUAGCUUCUAAGCAAAGAAAUGUUAACAUAGCAUAAUGCUGUAAGACGAAUAUCAAUACUUAACGAUAUGUGUAAUCAAGGAGAAAACUAUCAAUAUACAUAUAGAUUGUUAGCGUGAAAGUUCAGUGUGUUGGUACAAGUCAUUAUGAAAUAAAGACUAACCUUUAAGUUCCAACACUUAGAUUACAGAAUUGGGACUUACCCAAAUUUUCGGUUGACUCCAUCAACCUUGUUCAUAGCAUAUUGAUUGUUGUAAUUAGCAACUUAUUAAUUCAUACAUAAAAUAAAACGUUACAAAAAAAAUUGACGUUAGUUUCAUAACUUUAAACGAUUGUUUAAAUAAUACCUUACUUAUUAUUGUAUCAGUUUGGUUGUGACCCGGUAUGCUCUGUGUGUAUGUUGUUUAAAUUUGACAGGAAUGUGUAGUGUGUAAUCAUUGUAUGAAACAUAGACCUUAGUGUAAUAACGGAUUGUACAAUAACUUGUAC